CCGUUUCCUGAGUCUUGAUUUUAGUUCUGAACCUUGAAUUCCUAGCCUCUCCCACAUUCUGCCUUUCUUAGUUGAACAUAUGAACACACACACACACACACACACACACACACACACACACACACACACACACACACGACUCCCGAGUUCCUUACUUUGUGUGGACCGGGACUUAAGCUUUGUCCUUAGACUGAGCCUCCGUGCCAGCUGACCUGUCCCAGGAGAGAUGGACCCCGCAACUGGAUCCUCGGUGGCGCCCAGGGUGUGGAUUUCUCGGUGGGAGAGGUGAAGAGAGCUCAGACAUCUGGCGCCACCCUCGGACCCUGCAGCUUAAACAAACUUCUUGCCGGAGGCCUGAGCCCGCUCCUCCAGCUCUCGGAAGUGGCCCACAGCUUGGGUACCACUGGGGCGGACUCAGGCACCGUCACUCAAGUCUCUGCUCUCCCUGUCCCAGCCAAGCCAGACAGUUUGGAGGCCCCCAGCAGCCCCUGGUGUAGACAGAGCCACGCCCCACAGCACCACCCUGCAGGCAAGGGCGGGGCCCAGGCUGUCCCAAGAGGAGGACUGCGGCGUAAUGAGGUGCGGAUAAGUCUUCCUCUGUGUUUUGCGCUGGCGCCGCGGUCCAGACUCCUCGGAACUCCCCGGUUCCAGAGCCACCAGGCCCUCUCUUGCUUUCCCUGCACCACCCCUUCCUCUGCCCUAGCUCUGGGAUACCCUUCCGACAGGAAGCGGCUUUUCCAGCCCCAGAAACGCCGGGCACUGGGUUUCCCCACAGCUGCUCCUCUUGUCAGCAGGGGCCCCAUAUGGCUUCACCAGCCUCCACCAACCCAGCACAUGACCACUUUGAGACCUUUGUGCAGGCACAGCUGUGCCAAGAUGUACUGAGCAGUUUUCAGGGGCUCUGUAGAGCCCUGGGAGUGGAGUCUGGUGGGGGAUUACCCCAGUACCACAAGAUCAAGGCCCAGCUCAACUACUGGAGUGCCAAGUCACUGUGGGCCAAGUUGGACAAGAGAGCAAGCCAGCCUGCGUACCAGCAAGGCCAGGCCUGUACCAACACCAAGUGUCUCGUGGUAGGAGCUGGGCCUUGCGGACUUCGGGCUGCAGUGGAGCUCGCCCUGUUAGGGGCCCGAGUGGUGCUUGUGGAAAAGCGUACCAAGUUCUCUAGGCACAAUGUGCUCCAUCUCUGGCCCUUUACCAUCCAUGAUCUCCGGGCACUUGGGGCCAAGAAGUUCUACGGGCGCUUCUGUACUGGGACCCUGGACCAUAUCAGCAUCCGACAGCUCCAGCUGCUUCUGCUGAAGGUGGCGUUACUGUUGGGGGUGGAGAUUCACUGGGGCUUCACUUUCACUGGCCUGCAGCCCCCUCCCAAAAAAGGGAGUGGCUGGCGUGCCCGGAUCCAGCCCAGUCCCCCAGCCCAACUGGCCAGCUACGAAUUUGAUGUCCUCAUCUCAGCUGGAGGAGGCAAAUUUGUCCCUGAAGGCUUCACCAUCAGAGAGAUGCGCGGCAAACUGGCCAUCGGCAUCACAGCCAACUUUGUGAAUGGGCGCACGGUGGAGGAGACACAGGUGCCAGAAAUCAGUGGCGUAGCUCGGAUCUACAACCAAAAAUUCUUCCAGAGCCUGCUCAAAGCCACAGGUAUUGAUCUGGAGAACAUUGUGUACUACAAGGACGACACCCACUACUUUGUCAUGACAGCCAAGAAGCAGUGUCUGCUGAGGCUGGGGGUGUUGCGCCAGGACUUGCCAGAGACUGAUCAGCUGCUGGGCAAAGCUAAUGUGGUGCCUGAGGCUCUGCAGCAGUUUGCCAGAGCAGCGGCCGACUUCGCCACCCAUGGCAAGCUUGGGAAACUGGAGUUCGCUCAGGAUGCACGUGGGCGGCCCGAUGUGGCGGCCUUCGACUUCACAAGCAUGAUGCGGUCAGAGAGUUCUGCUCGUAUCCAAGAAAAGCAUGGUGCCCGCCUACUGCUGGGGCUGGUGGGGGACUGCCUUGUGGAGCCCUUCUGGCCUCUGGGCACUGGAGUGGCCCGAGGCUUCUUGGCAGCCUUCGAUGCAGCCUGGAUGGUGAAGCGGUGGGCGGAGGGUACUGGGCCUCUAGAGCUGUUGGCUGAACGUGAGAGCUUGUACCAGCUUCUGUCACAAACAUCCCCAGAGAAUAUGCAUCGAAAUGUAGCCCAGUAUGGGUUGGACCCUGCCACCCGAUAUCCCAACCUGAACCUCCGGGCUGUAACGCCCAACCAGGUACAAGACCUCUAUGACAUAAUGGACAAGGAGCAUGCUCGGAAGAAGAGUGACGAGACGGAUGCCCGGAAGACAACCACAGGGUCCGCAGGCACUGAGGAGCUUCUGCACUGGUGCCAGGAGCAGACAGCUGGCUUUCCUGGAGUCUGUGUCACUGACUUCUCUUCCUCGUGGACUGAUGGGCGAGCUCUGUGUGCCCUGGUACACCGCCUACAGCCUGGCCUGCUGGAACCCUCAGAGCUGCAGGGCAUGAGCGCUCUGGAAGCCACUGCCUGGGCACUGAGGGUGGCAGAAUAUGAGUUGGGCAUCAUACCGGUGUUGUCUGCACAGGCCGUAGUGGCAGGCAGUGACCCACUGGGCCUCAUUGCCUACCUCAGCCACUUCCACAGCGCCUUCAAGAGCACACCCCACAGCUCAGGCCUUGUCAGCCAGCCUCAUGGGACCCCUAGUGCCAUACUUUUCCUUGGCAAACUCCAGAGGAGCCUACAACGGACCCGGGCCAAGGUAGAGGAGGAGACUCCGUGUACUGAGGAGCCGCCUGUCUCUGAGCCCAGUGUGCCCCCAGCUCUGCCCUCCGAACAUGAGGAGGCUGGGGCAGAGGAUGUGUGUGAGCUCUGUGGGAAACGCCUCUACAUCCUGGAACGCUUCUGUGUGGAUGGCCAUUUCUUCCACCGCGGCUGCUUCUGCUGCCGUACCUGUGAGGCCACAUUGCGGCCAGGUGGCUAUGGGCAACAUCCAGGAGAUGGAUAUUUCUACUGUCUCCAGCACCUACCCCAGGAGGAUCAGAAGGAAGCAGACAACAAUGGAAGUCCAGAGAACCAGGAGCUCCCAACACCAGGAGACAGUACCACACAGUCAGGCCCCUCCUCUCCUGUACCUCCUGUGACGGAGGCCAGCCCUGUCCCAAGCCCCAGCCAGCCUGCACGUCGGCUGAUCCGCCUCUCCAGCGUAGAACGCCUACGGCUGUCCUCCCUGAACAUCAUCCCUGACGCAGGAGUGGAGCCUCCACCCAAGCCCCCACGGAGCUGCUUGGACUUGGCCCAAGAGUCCCUCAAGAGCAGCUUUAUGGGCUGGGGUGUGCUCCGGGCACCACAGGUUCCUGAGGCCAUAGAGAAGGGGGAGGAGGAAGAGGAAGAGGAGGAAGAAGAGGAGGAGGAGGAGCUUCCGACACCUUUGGCGCCAGAAGUGGAACAGUCACUGCUGACCUUGGCCAAGAACUCAGGCGACAUGACUAAGUACCCAACGUGGCGUCGAACCCUCAUGCGCCGUGCCAAAGAGGAGGAGAUGAAGAGGUUCUGCAAGGCCCAGGCCAUCCAGCGGAGACUAAAUGAGAUUGAGGCUGCGAUGAGGGAACUGGAGACCGAAGGCAUGAAGCUGGAGGUGGCCUUGAGGAAAGAGAGUCGCUCUCCAGAAAAGCAGAAGAAACUCUGGCUAGAGCAGCUGCUACAGCUCAUUCAGAAGAAGAACAGCCUAGUGACUGAGGAAGCCGAACUCAUGAUCACGGUGCAGGAACUGGACCUGGAAGAGAAGCAGCGGCAACUGGACCACGAGUUUCGGGGCAUCAACCGGGAAGGUCUGUGAGCUAUCUCAUGACCUUGGAUUACUGACCAAGGAGCACAGUCCUCUGGCCUAUGUGUGUCCUGAUGAAUUGGUUCAGGAGAAAGCCAAAGCCCCCCUCCAGUCAUGGCUGCACAACUGGGCUUUUGGGAAGGGAACUUGGGAAGCAGCGUGGUGACAAACCUAAGUGUGAACAACCAAGCUUAGGGUGUAGAAACCACACAGGCUCUCCUCAGGCUCCCCGCUUGCCCAGGUUCCUGUUCUCUAAGCUUCAUCUCCUCCCUUUAGGAACUCGGAAGACCCAGGCUGACCGACUGUCUGAGGACCGGGUCCUAAGGAAGCUGUUGGAUGUGGUGAACCAGCGGGAUGCUCUGAUCCAAUUCCAGGAGGAACGAAGGCUCAGAGAGAUGCCCGUAUAGAUGGGGGCCCAGGGCUAGAAGAGGACGGUUAGAGGCCUCCAAGCGCCAUAAGCAAGACACCAUCACGAGGGCUGUACCCCUGCCAUCUGGACUGCCUAGUCGGGGGCUUCGUUGUUUACAAUAAAAGCGUGUGCCACGAA